AUGGCAUCAGGACAUCUUGCUAGGCAGAUCAGCCACCUGAUAGAGAAUACUGCCCGGGAAUGUGGGGAGUACACCCAUACGCGCUUCUGGCAAGGCGGCCUGCUUACCAACGCGCAUGUUCAGUACGGCCCAGGCGUCCGUCUCCCUGACCUCAUGAUCUUCCUCAACACCCUCAAUAAUGUAUUCCAGCAGCACGUGGCCAUCCGAGAUGCUGCAAAGAUGAACAUCCCCACUGUGGGUGUGCUGGACUCGGACUGCAACCCCAGCCUGGUUACUUACCCCGUCCCCGGCAGUGACGACACGCCCUCCUCCGUGGAGCUCUACUGCAAGCUGUUCAAGAUGACCAUUAACCAUGCCAAGGAGAAGAGGAAGCAGAUGGAGUUGUUGCAUGGCGUCACCAGACCUGGCUCACGAGAACAUGGGGCUCUUGUGAAGACUCACUUGGUCACCCCUCACUUCGACUUCGACACAGCCCGGUACCAAUAG